CAUCAUCGGCUCACGCGGCGUCGGCAAGACCAGCCUCAUGGAGCGCUUCACCGACGACACCUUCUGCGAGGCCUGCAAGUCCACCGUGGGUGUUGAUUUUAAAAUCAAAACAGUAGAGCUAAGAGGAAAGAAAAUUAGAUUACAAAUCUGGGACACAGCAGGUCAGGAGAGAUUCAACAGCAUUACCUCAGCUUAUUACAGAAGUGCCAAGGGAAUCAUAUUGGUAUAUGAUAUCACCAAGAAGGAGACAUUUGAUGAUUUACCAAAAUGGAUGAAAAUGAUUGAUAAGUAUGCCUCAGAAGAUGCAGAACUUCUACUAGUUGGAAAUAAAUUGGACUGUGAAGUUGAUCGAGAAAUUACUCGACAGCAGGGAGAAAAAUUUGCACAGCAGAUAACUGGCAUGCGGUUCUGUGAAGCAAGUGCCAAGGAUAAUUUUAAUGUGGAUGAAAUAUUUCUGAAACUUGUUGAUGAUAUCCUGAAAAAGAUGCCCCUGGAUAUCAUAAGGAAUGAGCUGUCAAACAGUAUCCUGUCCCUGCAGCCAGAGCCAGAAAUCCCACCAGAACUGCCUCCUCCAAGGCCACAUGUCCGUUGCUGUUGACUUGUUGCUUCAUACAGAGUGAAAAAAAAAAAAUGAGUGGGAGGGGAAAGAAAGUGUCUGUACUUCUCUGCACUACAAUCAUUUGGCAGUUUCAUGUUGCACUUUGUGUUCAAGUCAGAGCUACACACUAACUUGUAUAUAUGCAAAUAUGAAAUCCUGCAUAGGAUUCAGCUAUAACAGUAAAAUAUUGCCCGUCUCCCUCAAAAUGGUAUUUCAUUAAUUGCCCCAGUGUUUAUAAAUAUUUGUACAGUCUACAGGCAGCCACCACACUCCCAGUCUAAGAGGAGGAGAAAUUAAAUCUAUACUUAUUCUUGAUUUUAAAUGUUGUAAUAGUCCUCAUUGUUAUAAAUAGGCAGGCAGAAGCUCUUCUGGUAUGAAGAUAAGUAUAUGGUGCUUUGCUAACUAUUUUAAGAUGACUUUUUUUUCUCCUUAAAACAGAAGACUUCCAUGUACAAAGCUUCCAUAAGCAGCAUUAUGUUUCUUUUCAAUAUGGUCAACAAUUUUCCUUUUCUUGCUGUAGCAUCUGCAGCUGACUGGAUUUACAGAAAAUCAAAGAGUAAUUUCCAGCACUCAUUAUUUAUUAUGUUUAAUGCUGAGCCGUUGCUUUGUGUUCAAAGACAUUAUAUUCGGUGCGGUUCUAAAGGUGCAUUCUCAACUUGCAUAUACAAGUUCCUGUUUAAGCAUAAACUAGGUUGCAGUCAGUAAAAGUAGAGAUGUAUCUGAACUGUAAAAGAACAUUUUAAAAGCAAUGCUGCUGUCCUAGACAAAUUCUUUUUAAAAAAUUUAAGAGCAUUUUUCCUGUGUUGAGGGAUAUAGAUAGAUAGCUAUAUAUAUAUAUAUAUAGCUAUCUGUGUGUGUGUGUGUGUGUGUGUGUGUGUAUUUGUCUGGACACCUUGGUGGGAGGGAUGGGUUGAUGGUAAAACUUUUUUUUUCCUUUUCUAAUGGUGGAAACUAUUCCAGUCAAGCAUAUAUUGUGUGAGGUUUUUGUCUGAUUAUGAAUUUGUGAAUUAUAUCUUUGAUAUAUCUUUUAUUAAAAUGCACUGUUUAGUUUAGUUGUGGUAAAUCAGUAAUUACAUAUUUGAAUAACUCAGUGUCCUGAAUGUUGUGGUAUUGAAAAACUUUGUGGUCUUUCUAAACUAAUUAAAUGCAAAUAAAAUUUUGUAUUUAUGAAUGCCAGUGGAGCUGCACCUGUUUUUAGAAUGGCAAGUAUCAAGUGGUGGAUACAAGGUAAUAUCAUUGUUGUUAAAAAAAACAAAAAAAAUCUUUAUUUCCUUGAGAUCUAGUUCCCAUUUUUUAGGUAGGAAGAACAAGGCACACUAAGAGUUUGCUUUAACUACUGCACUCUUUGGAUGAUUUAGCUUAACUGGUAUCCUGUGAUGGCAUGUGACUGUCAUGAUGUCUUGGCAGGCAGUAGCAAAGUUUUUAAUGACCCACAGGGAUACAUAUACAAACCAGUCUUGCAAAAUAUAGCUUCUCUUCUUUGGUAUUUGAAACUGUCUCACCAGCUUUGCCUUUGUUUCAGCCUAAACACUUACACUGAUCAGUAAGGUAUACUACUGGCUUCUGCAACUUAUUGUCUGUCUUCUGGAAGGAACUAGAAAUUCAAAAUUGGUCCUAAUUUUUACUCCCCCAGUGGGUCUUAGAGCCCUUAGCCCAAUGGAUCAGAUAUACCAUUGUGCACAUAGUGCUGUCUAGGAGAUAUCUCUUUGGCAUACUCAGCUUCAGCUAAUAAAUUAAGGAAGCUUGGUUAAUGUUUGUGCUUAUGUCUUCUGCCACCUUGUGCCUAGACAGUUAGCUUUUUUAGAUAGUAAACCUAUGGUUUACUGUAGUACUGAUAAAAUGAAAUCCAAUUGUCCUAGUACUUGUAGGACUUCUGUGGGCAAUAGCAAGGAAGGGAAAGUUAUGGAAAAAAGUUUUAACUUGACAACUAUGACUUUAGUUGAUUUGUUUUUAUAUGUAUUUAGAAACUUGUGGUUUUUUUCUGCAGUUUUUGAAUUUAAUAAAAAUUAAAGAGAACUGACUUAGAUUUUUUUUUCUUGUAAUCAUGCGCUACGAUUUUAUUUGAAUGUAUCUGUUUCUAGUAAUCUUCAAGGUAACUUUUAUUAAGAAUUUUUAUUUGAUUGUUAAUUGAAAAUAUUUCCUGAGCUCUUUUGCUGUGAUUUUUUUUGUGGAACAGUUUGCGAUAGCUCCACUGUUGGAGGAAAGAUGAAGAGCACUGUGCCCCUUCCCACUUCCCUCUGUAGCUUCAGGAACAAUUUCUGUGUGUCAGAAGCCUUCUAAGUGCUGCUGCUGUUUUCCUGCUCCAGCUAUUCCCUGGUAGUUUUAUACUGUGUUGGAGAAAAAAGAAACAAUAGCCUAGUUGUACCUUUUGCCUCUUUUCCUGCUGGACUAUGAGAUCUAGACUUUUUGUUUUAGUUUAGUUGAGCACUUUAUGAAAGAUUGUUUCCCUCCCACACAAAAGCAGCUGCAUAGCCCAAAAGGGGAAUGAAGAGAAGCUGAAAACUAGUUACAGGUCACCAAUUCUCUCCCUUGUGUCCACACAGGCUAGAGUAGAUUAGGGACUGCUCUAAUUGUCUCUCCUGGUUAUGGGUCUCAAGGGACCAUUAUAUGCCAGUUAGAAAUAAUUAAGGCCAUAGUACCAUAGAGAAGUUUCUGUUCCCCUUUUAUGCCUCUCCAUCCCAAGGCAUUCACUGCAGAAAGGGCAGAGAUAACUGCUAUGGUCAUUCAUCAAGUUCUCUAUGCUGGUCCUCAGCAGGUUACUUAAUUCAGAGGUAGGAGAAAUGACCCAGGAGAACCUCAAAAGGAGUAGAUCUGCCCUAAAACAAUUAUGGUCCAUUCACCUUCAAUACAUAAAAUGUUGCUGUUGAAGUUUGCCACUUGCCUCACUGGAGCUAAGAUUUCACCCAAUAUGUUUUUUUCUCACAAAUUACAUAGGUUGGAAUAAUACUGUUAUGUUAGUAUCACAGAUUAAGUAUCUGUAGUUAGCUGUGUUAGUCUGAAGUCAGGCAUAAGACAAGGUAGAGAUGCACCUUUAUAAACUAACUGAAUCAAAGAUGCAUAGAAGUUUAUGUGAGCAAGAAACUCACAUCAUCAGAAAGUCUGCAUCUCUGAUUCAGUUAGUCUACAAGGUGCAUCUCUACCUGCUUUCUGGCAGAUUUCGUAUCUGUGAUAAACUGAAAAUCAGGUUGUGACUUAGAGACGGAUAAAAUUGUAAAUUUCAUCUAUUACUUUGAAGAUCUGAAGGGAUAAAACGCGGGGUUUUUGAACAGGUCAAAAGGUGUUGAUAUCCAAAGAUUGAGACCUAUUUUAUAUGUAUUAUAGAAAUAAUAUAUGAGAAAUAUUAAUAAAUAAAUAGUAUGAGGACUAUUUAUAAGAUGUUUAUAUGCAUACACACUGUAUUUCUUAUUUCUUGUAGUUGUAUUGAAACAAACAAAAAAAUGAAGCUAGGUAAAGAGUUUACUUUCACUAAAACUUGUCAUUGGUAUACCAUUGCAUAAGAAUGCUUUUUGUUCAGAGAUGCAUUUAUUCUUUCUUUCCUGAAUUGUGGCAUUCAUCUUUAGAAGGCCGGUACCCUAAUAAAUAAUUUUGUCUAUUUUGAACAUAAACUAUAAAAAUACAUAUUUUUGAUAAUUAUGUUUAAGGAUAAUUGUAUCAGGUUUACUGUUAAGUUCAAAUAUACCCCUUUGAAUAGUAGCAAGAUGGCAAACUAAAACUUUGAUUUCAUCAGGGAAUCAUCUUGCCAUGGCAAGUGCACUAAUGUGUAAUGUCCAUUAGGUGUCACUAGAGCUGUGUGUAAAAGGGAAUGUGAACAAAGCAAACUGCCUUGUACCUUAUUACAACCUGAAAAGCAACAUUCCCCUGCUUUUGAAAGAAGAAAAAUAUAGGCUUUGUUUUAAAAUGUAAUAGUGAUGAUGAUCUAUGUAUUCUGUAGAUACUGUUGGGGAAAAGUCAGCUAGUGUUGUGUUGAUUAAAAGAAAAACUUUGAGAUUGAAAGCACAAAUAAAAAACUUCUACAGACAGAAAAAAUGUGUAAUACUUAAAUAUGUGUUUAACAGAAAGUGAGGUGUUUACCCAGUUGUAUUAUCUUAAUUAAACUGAGUUCAUGCUUUAUAA